GAUGUGCAGCGAGGGUGUCGAUGGCGGUCGCGAGCCUCGUGGGAGCGUGUUCAGGUGGAGGUUGGGAGCACGCGCCGGUGGCCGAACAUAAACAUUAAUCGCGCGCAAAUGGGAGGACACUAGGGAAGAAAGAGAAGCGCCGGGAACGAGAGAGCAAAAGGGCAGCCGGGCGCAAUUGCGAUGGUAAUGCAGCUCCAGCGCGCGUCUGGAAUUAUGUCAUCCAACAUGUUUGGCGAUCUCCAACAGUGGAAUUAUCAGUCGGAGGUCAGUCGGGAGAUCCAGAGGCCGUGCUGGUAGUCAUUGUUUCUGCUUGUUGCAUCGCUCUUUCCUGAUACGCUCGCUCUUUCUCAUCGACAUCUACCGCUACGCUUCACCGCCGAUUUUAAAGACAAUCCAAAACUCCACCACCACCCACCCACCCACCAUGUCUCUCCUGCGCUCCUCCCUCCUGCGAGCAAACCUCCUCGCCAUUCCCCGUCCCAUCACCCGCUCCAUCCGCUUCUCCUCUUCCACCACCGAGCCCACCAUCCUCCCCCGCCUGCAAAACGACCUCAAGCUCGCCCUCCGCGCAAAAAACAAGCCCACACUAAACGUAAUCCGCGCCUUGCAAGCUGAGAUAAUAAACGCCUCCAAGACAGCAAAGCCCAUCACAACCGACGGCGCCCUCUACGCCCUCAUCCAGAAGCAGAUCAAGGCGUCGAGCACAGCGAUCGAGGAGUUCCAGGCAGCGAAGAGGGAUGAUUUGGUGGAGAAGGAGCAAGGGCAGUUGGAUGUACUGAGGAAAUAUGCGGGGGAGAUACCGACAGUGGAGGCGGGCGAGCUGGACAUUAUUAUUGGGGAUAUAGCUGCACAGUUGGAGGAGGGCAAGAGGACGUUUGGCAGUAUCAUGGGGAAGGUCAUGGGGGCAUUGAAGGGGAGGCCUCACGAUGUCGAGUAUGUGACGAGCAAGAUUCAGGAGUUGGUGGGGAAGAAGUGAAGUGGUAUAAAAGAAGUAACGUGUUAUGAAAGUGAGAUGGGAGUAGAUCGAAAAGAGAGUGUAAGAUGAGUGUUGUAUAUUAUUGUACGUAGAUACACUUAGAUGGCGUCUACACGGGGUACAUAAAAGUUAGCAUGCCUCCAGUGGGCAAUGAAUACUACGAUAAACUUCC